AUGGAAGCUAGGCACAUACCAAUAAAGUGGGCACAAAGAAAGGCACAAGUUUUCAUUACCCUUGAAGUCAGCAAUUUGGUAGAGAACUCUUGGACAAUUCAGCCCACUGAGGAAGGUGCAAUCCACUUUAAAGCUCUCAGCAAAGACACAGGAAGCGAAGUUGCAGUCGAUUUGGAACUUUUUGAAAAAAUUGUCCCAGCAGAAUGCAAGUGGAAGGUCACUGGAAGAAAUGUGCAAUUGAGUUUGGCAAAAGAAAACAAAACAGCAGAAUAUUGGCCGAGACUCUUAAAGCAGACAGGAAAAAACCAAUGGCUUGGAAUUGAUUGGAGCAAAUGGAUUGAUGAAGAAGACGAAGAUGCCAAGAGCAAGCCUGAUUUUGAUUACGAUUUCAAUAAUAUGAAUUACGAUGAAGGAGAAGAUUCUGAUGAGGAAGAAGAGGAAGAAGAAGCACCUGCAGAUUUAGGAGAUUUAGAAGGGGAUAAAAUGGAUAUUCCUACAGCAGAAACUGGAGAAGAGAAGAAAUCAGAAUAA